CCUAUAAACGUCUGUCUCUUUUCUUCAUUGGUCUGCUCUGCUAGGGUUUUAGUUGUCGGAAAACGAAGAAGCCAUGAUGGCAUUUUCUAGGGCUUUCGGAGGAUACCGGACACUGAUGGCGAAGGCGACGACUAAUGCAGCGGCUACUGGUAUUUCAGCUGGUAAAGAAGGAAAAUAAAUACUAAAGACUGUUCCGGUCUCGAAGACGCUGGCUAGCUUCGCCGGAGAGAGCGAACUCUCUCGUGCCACCGCCGUGAAGAAAGUGUGGGAGCAUAUCAAGAGUAACAACCUCCAGAAUCCGGAGAAUGGGAAGGAGAUAAUAUGCGAUGAUAAGUUGAAGACGAUUUUUGAUGGCAAAGACAAAGUUGGAUUCACUGAGAUCGCCAAGCUCUUGUCCCCACAUUUUCCUAAGUCGGUCUGAUGAUUUGCUGAUGUUUUCUAUCUAAAUGAUCCAAGCAAUAGUUUUUCUUUCUCUCAGUUAAUUUUAGAUGAUUGUACAUUAUAUGAUGGAAAAAAAGAAUCAGCAAAUCUCUGCUGGUUACAAUUUAUAAUUCUGUUUGACUUUGGAUCUUUUGAUAUUUGUGUUCUUGCUUGAUCAAUCGAGUCAACUUUUCCCA